AUGGUGGGCUCUUUGGCGGUCCAGCAUCGAAAAGCAAAAACGGGCUCAAAAAGCCAAAGCGCAAGAGCAAGUACGUCAGGACUGGCUGAAGCGGCUUCGGCCAAGGCGUUCCCGAAGCUCUCCUAUACUCGCUCCGGGCAAAAAUCGCACCUCGCCAACGGCCCCCAGGACACGACCUGGGCUCCAGGCCUAACUGAUGCCGAAAGCUAUGUGAUUGAAAAACACAUUUAUAUCGCUAUUUGGUUGGCUCAAACCUUGGGAAAUACUCAUCGGUAUUCCAGCACCGGUGUGCCGAUUCAUGGACCUGUCGCAAGGAUCUGUAUUUAG